ACAUGACAUCAUCUAUGCAAAUAUUUAAUAGUGUCGAUAAAAUAGUUUUUUAUAUAUCGACUGAAUGAAAAAGCGGGAUUAAUAUUUUCGGCACUUUUUGCACAUUUACAUAUUUCAUCCCAUUACAAGUACAUACGUGACAGUGUUGCUUGAAUGAAGCGAUUUUUCUCAAACUAGCGAGUGAAGAAUUGAUAUCAAAGAAAUUCAUAGUAAGUGUUUAGUGAUUUGAUUUGUUUGACAAAUUUAUUUGAUCAAACGAAAUGAAUGAAACCAACGAAUUGCCACCAGGGACAGCAUCGUUACUCGAAGAACUCGAAAAAAAACUUAUGGUUUUAUUGAGAGAUGGUAGAACACUAAUUGGUUAUCUUAAAAGUGUCGAUCAAUUUGCUAAUAUAGUGCUUCAAAGUACUAUUGAAAGAAUUCAUGUUGGUCAAGAAUAUGGUGAUAUUCCCAGAGGUAUUUUCAUAGUAAGAGGAGAGAAUGUUGUACUUUUAGGAGAAAUAGAUAUAGAAAAGGAAAAGGUCUUGCCCUUGAAAAAGGUGACAGUGGAUGAAAUUUUAGAUGCUCAAAGACGUGAACAAGAAUCAAAGCAGGAGCAGAAAAAACGAGUAAACAAAGCUUUGAAAGAGAGAGGUUUUGCAUAUAUACCAGAUUUAAGUCAUGAUGAUAUGUACUGACAUAUUCCUAUUUUUUUUAUCUAAUUUACAUUAAUUAAAUAUAUAUCAUUGUUAGGUGAAAUUUCAUAUACUUUAUGUGUAUUAUUUACUAAUUGUAAUAUUAAAAUCACAAGAAAUCUCUAAAAA